GGGAGGAAUCCAGCAAGUCCAGGAUAUGACCUCAGUUAUUUCUUUGACUUUUCUUAGGUAAUAAUCCAACGAUGGUUUAUUCGGGCGAUCCGCGAGACGGACAUAUACUAAUUUCGCAAGAUAUGAAGAAGCUUCGAAUCUUCCAUGCUGCCGGUUGUUGUUUCCUGUGAUUUCCGUUUCCUCCUUCAUACCACUUAUGUCUUUAUCAUUUAGUUAACACGAGACACGAUCAGCUCCUCUUUUUCGGAAUUAUUGCUUCAUCUAUUCUUUUGUUUGGGAGUUUGUCGUUGAAGCCGCCAGAUGAAAUUUCGACUCUUUAGAAUCACACGCUUUAUGCUUUGGCUAAUUCCGCUGUUAUGGAACUUAACUUGCCAUGUUUUGACAUUAGAGAGCUCCCAAGUCUCGCCUGUGGAUCGUAGUGAGCAAGGCUUUGAUGUUUUAUUCCCACCAUUAAGCCGUCCAAGCCGAUCUAUUUUGUCUUUUUCAACUAAGCCCAGUACGACCCUUGUUGCUUCCCUAGAUGGGACAAUAUACUUGGUGGAGAUUGGUUCUAUGAGGGUAAUAUGGUCAUUUUCUACUGGAUCACCAAUCUACCACUCGUAUCAAGCUCCUCUCAUCAAGGAUAAUGUUAAAGAAAAUGUGUGUGGAUUAGAUAGCGGGUUCAUUGAAUGUGGAGAUGAUUGGGCACUAUAUAUGGAAAGCAAGCACUCCCGUAAAAUGAGACUCCCAAUAUCUGUUGCAGAUUUUGUUGCGGCUACACCUACCUUUUCAGAUGAUGGAGGUGUUAUUCUUGGAUCCAAAAGAAUUACUUUGUUUGAAGUUGAUGCUAUAAGUGGAAAGCUCAUUCGAAGCUAUGCUGCUGAUAAUCUUUCUGCUCUGUCUAGUAAUGACAUGCAUAGUGUAACAAAUAUUGUCAGGACAAAGGAUAAAGAUUUGGGUGAUCCUGCAAUGCCAAGCACACCAGAGCUUCUGCUUAAAAUAAUUAGAACAGAUUAUUCUCUACAAGGUGUAGGUCCUAGAUCUGGAAAAGUUUUGUGGACUAUGAAUGUAGCUGAAUUUAAGGCUUCAUUAUUCUGUGGACAUAAUGAAAAUCUGUAUGCUGGGGUUUCAUUAGAUUCAGAGGAUAAAUAUGUCUCCAACAAUGACUUGGAUUUUGCUAUGCCAUAUGCAUGUCACGAGUUAGAAGAAGUCCAUCGCUUGCGAAAGAAUCUUCUUUUUGGUGAUCUCACUGAAAGUUUGCCCGGGGACUAUCAUGAUAAGAAAAUGCUUCCAGUGCCUACUUCUGAUCUGAGGCUUCUUCCACAAUCUAAUCUAGAUACAUCAUUAAAUCAACAUGUCGAUAAUAUGGCACUUCCUACUUAUCCAAACGUGUUGCCUUCUUUGCCUCAAAAUUUGAACCCCCACGACAAUCAUGAUAAUGCAGCCAUUCUCUCUCAACCUCCCACAGAGAUUAGUGCACGAGGGGAAGUUGAUGGAAACAAGGUGAUAGAAUGGCCUAGAUCAUCUUUAUUAUUGUUUUUGCUCUUACUUCUGGGUCUUUUGAUGUAUCAUCUUCCAGUGGUCAAAAGGCUAGUUAUAUUGGUGGUCCGAAAUGGUGGAUCUGAAAUAAAAGGUUCUCCUCUUAAGAAAAAAAGAGCCCGUAAGUCAGGGAAAAAAAGUGGCAAUGGUGACAAAGGAAAUAAGAAUCUAUCGUCAGAAGAUGAGGGCGUAAUGGCAAGUGGCAAAAUUGCAAGGGAAGCAUUGCCACAUGUUGAAAAAGUUGAAGGAGCCGAAGGACGUCAAAUUGGUAAACUCUUCGUAUCAAAUAAAGAAAUUGCCAUGGGAAGUAAUGGUACUAUAGUCCUUGAGGGAAUGUAUGAAGGUCGGGCAGUUGCUAUCAAACGUUUGGUCCUGGCCCAUUAUGAUAUUGCUGAUAAAGAAAUUCAAAAUCUUAUUGCAUCUGACCAUCAUCCUAACAUUGUCCGAUGGCAUGGGGUUGAACGUGAUCAAGAUUUUAUAUAUCUUGCUCUGGAACGUUGUGUAUGCAAUUUAGGUGAUUUGAUUCAGGUUUACUCAGAUUCCUCUUCAAAACCAAUGUCUAGUAAAAACCAAUCUUCUGAAUGUUUGAAGGUCCAAAUAGAGAUGGGAAACAAUAACAUACAAGAGCUUUGGAAAGCAAAUGGAUAUCCGUCCUCUUUAUUAUUGAAGUUGAUGAGGGAUAUAGUUUCUGGACUUGUUCAUUUACACGAAUUGGGAAUUAUCCAUCGUGAUUUGAAACCUCAGAAUAUUUUGAUAACUAAGGAAAGACAUUUGGGUGCAAAAGUUUCUGAUAUGGGUAUCAGCAAACGCCUUCUUGGAGAUAAAUCUUCCUUUAGUCAUAAUGGUACUGGUUGUGGCAGUUCAGGUUGGCAAGCACCAGAACAGAUUGAUCGAGGACGUCAAACCCGAGCAGUAGAUUUAUUUAGUUUAGGUUGUCUUCUCUUUUUUUGCAUUACUAAGGGUAGACAUCCAUUUGGAAAGCGUCUUCUUGAACGUGAUUUCAAUAUUGUGAAAGAUCGAAAGGACCUUUCUCCGGUGGAGUUCAUUCCUGAGGCUAAAGAUCUUGUUUCUUCCUUAUUAAACCCAACUCCUGAGUCAAGGCCAAAGGCUAUUGAAGUGCUGCGCCAUCCUUUUUUCUGGAGUUCUGAGAUGAGACUAUCAUUUCUUCGUGACGCUAGUGAUAGGGUAGAACUAGAAGAUAGGUUGACUGGUUCUAGUCUUUUAAUGGCAUUAGAAAGUAUUGCGCCAGAGGCUUUUGAUGGUGCAAAUUGGGAUAAAAAGAUAGAACCUGCCUUCAUUGCUGACAUUGGCCGAUACAGGCGAUACAAGUUUGGCAGUGUUCGUGACUUGUUGCGAGUUAUGAGAAACAAGCUGAACCAUUAUAGAGAAUUGCCUCAGGAAAUUCAGGAACUUCUAGGACCAGUUCCAGAAGGAUUCAACGAGUACUUUGCUAGUCGAUUUCCUAAACUUUUAAUUAAAGUGUAUAAAAUUGUGCAUGAAUAUUGCGAGCACGAGGAAUGUUUCAAUAGGUAUUUUCAAAAUGUUGAUUAGGACAAGUGUUAUCUGUAAAUUGAACCGUCAUAAUCUAAUCUAAUGUAAAGUGCUGCAAUAUUGCCUGAGUA